AUGAGGCCCCUGUGGCUGUGCUGGGCCCUCUGGGCGCUGCCCCUGACGGGCCCCGGGGCCGCCCUGACCGGGGAGCAGGUGCGGGCCAGCCUGCUGCGGCAGCUGGGUCUCCGUGAGGCGCCCGUCCUGGACCAGCGCGACGUGGAGGGGCUGGUCACCCCGGCCCACGUGAGGGCCCAGUACGUGGCCCUGCUGCGGCGCAGCCACGGCGCCCACUCCCGCAGGAAGAGGUUCAGCCAGAGAGUCCGAGAGGUGGCGGGCAGGUUGCUGGCGGCCGAGGCCUCCACGCACGUGCUGGUGUUCGGCAUGGAGGGGCGCCUGCCCCCGAACAGCGAGCUGGUGCAGGCCGUGCUGCGCCUCUUCCAGGAGCCGGUCCCCAAGGCCGCGCUGCGCAGGCUCGAGCGGCUGUCCCCGCACGGUGCCCGCGUCCGCGUCACCGUCGAGUGGCUGCGCAUCCACGAGGACAGCUCGAACCACACCUACUUGGUGGACUCCAGGCUGGUGUCCCUCCAGGGGAGUGGCUGGAAGGCCUUCGACGUGACCGAGGCCGUGAACUUCUGGCGCCAGCUGGGCCGGUCUGGGCAGCCGCUGCUGCUGCAGGUGUCCGUGCAGAGGGCUCACCUGGGCCCGCGGGCCUCGGGCGCCCACACCCUGCUCCGCUUCGCGUCCCAGGGCCAGGAGGGCACGGGGCAGGGCGAGCCCCAGCUGGAGCUGCACACCCUGGACCUCGGGGUCUACGGAGCUCAGGGCGACUGUGACCCCGAGGCGCCGGCGGCGGAGGGCGCCCGCUGCUGCCGCCAGGAGACCUACGUUGACCUGCGGGGCAUGCGAUGGGCCGAGAACUGGGUCCUGGAGCCCCCGGGCUUCCUGGCCUACGAGUGUGUGGGCGCGUGCCAGCAGCCCCCGGAGCCCCCGACCUUCAGGCGGCCGUUCCCGGGGCCGCGACAGUGCGUCGCCUCGGAGACGACCUCGCUGCCCCUGAUCGUGGGCGUCAAGGAGGGCGGCAGGCCCAGGCCCCAGGUGGUCAGCCUGCCCAACAUGAGGGUGGAGAAGUGCAGCUGCGCGUGGGACGGGGCGCCCGUGCCCAGGAGGCUGGGGCCUUAGGGCUGGCCGUGGCCUCCGAUGGACUUGCCUCUGUGUGCAUCCGGGCAUCGGGACAGCUGGGGACUAAGGACUGCUGAUGGCCAACGCCGGGCCAUCUACUGAGCUCAGAAUUCACUUCCUGUGUCCAUUCAGCUCACCUCCUAAUUUUUCUGCCCAGGGUCACAACUCCCGUGCUUUGCUCUGGUCAUUCACUGCACAUCCCAAGCACUUAACCUCUGUCAGUUCCCAAACCGUCACUGUCUCCUGGUCCCCUCACUGGGGCUGGGCUCAGCUCUGUGGAAAGGGCCUACGUGGUCCCGUCAAGUACGGGUUAUGCAUUUCCAACCCGGAUUGUAAGGGCAUCAUCUAAUAAACAAAUGAAACACG